AUGGACGACGAAAACCUCCUGAGCAAGACCCUCUUCACCGUCCACUCUCACCGCGAUCUCUUUCUAUGCGAUGAGCAUAACGCAGAUUUCUUCGUCGGCGGCGAAUCGCAGACCUAUGCGGCAGACGACAAUUCGACACUCGCUAUAGACGUGCAAGACGAUCAUGGACAAGAACAAGACAUCACACCUGCCCCUCUCCCAGAGAUGUUGCCCUUUCUUCGAGUUACAACAGACCAUGAACCUAUCGAUGCCCGGAUUGGAUUUGUUUUCGGCAGCGACCCUGCUGUCAGCGAUGUCCUCCUCGACAAGGACCCCACGCAGGGGAUAAGCAAAAAACAAUUCGCAAUCCAGGUAAAUCAGGAAAAUGGAGUUCUCCUUUUGAGAAACCACAGUCGCAACAAAACCAACGUUCGAUCUCGCAGUCUCGGGAAACUAGCCUUGAGGCACCAGCGAGCGCUCCAGGAAAACGAUAGUGUGCAUGUGCCGCUAGGGUUGUAUGAUAUCGAGAUCCGACUCCCCGAUCACUCUGCACAUCGGCGCGAUUAUCAUACGCACUUGUCGAAAUUUAUCACCAAAAUCUCGUCUCAAAUCCCAGUCCUUCGAAACUUGGAGUUGGCGUCCGGGCCUAGCGCAAGCACUGUGUCUUCGGGGGCGUCACCAUACCAACUUCAAGAUAAAGUUGGGUCUGGAGCCUAUGGUGAUGUAUACCAGGCGGUACACCAAGUCACUGGCGAUGUGGUUGCUGUCAAGCAACUUGGGAAAGAAAAGGACAUGCGACUAGAGGAGGCGAUGCUGUUACGCAGCAUUACGCAUGAACACAUCGUCAAGUUUCAUGCCUUUAUCAUCGAAAGCGACUCGCUUCUCCUCGUGAUGGAACUUGUUCAUGGCCGGAAUCUCGAACAGGAAUUCAAGGCCAGUUGUCCAAGUUCGACAGAGUUACGGGAAGCCAUCCGGCAGCAACUUAAAGCUGCAGAGUUCAUCCACCAUCGGGGUAUCGUCCAUCGAGAUAUCAAACCCCCAAAUGUGAUGGUCAUGUCGCGGUAUCCUAUCGUUACCAAGCUCACCGACUUUGGAUUGGCAAUCACGUUGGCCGAGCUGGCUGACAAGGCUUCGUGUUGUGGGACGGCCGCGUACGCGGCGCCGGAAAUCUUAGAGAAGGCAUACAACGAGAAAGUCGACAUAUGGUCUCUGGGGAUCAUUCUUCUACGAUACUCCCACAAGCUUCCAUCUUUCCCCAAGGUGCCCAAAGGACCAGCAGAUUGGCGGCCUUGGAGGAACUGGCCCGAUAAAGUACGGCAACACCUUCAAUCCAUGCCCUCAUCUCCGGCAUCCCAAUUUAUUUCAGUCCUGCUUACACCCAACCCGGCUGCACGCCCUUCUGCAAAGGAAGCCCUCAGCGAUCCAUUUUUCUCAGCCAAACUCAGCAAAUGCUCUACAGAAGAGACAGCAAAUGCGGCAUUGUCAGGGGAUGACUUGGUAGCCGAAGACACGAUACGAGCCUCGUCUGCAAGACAAGGACCGCAAGAGACCGCUUCGUGGAAUGUGCCAGACACAGAAAUUCCGCGUCAUGCUACUGCUGUGCUCGGCAAUGAGACCGGAUCAAAUCCCCCAGAGAGGCAUACGAAGCGGCAAAAGAACGGCCAAGAUCCGUCGCUAUCGGAGGCGGUACGUUUCCUCGACAACAUUGAUGAUCCGCUCGAAUCCUUACUUUUCGGAGCCGCCAAUCAGAGAGCAACAGGCGAGAGAGUUGAUACAAAGGUUUCCCGGAGAGCAAGCUACGAAGAAGCUUCAGAGUUACCAUCUUUCCGAUGGAACGCCCAGGAACAACGCGACUUGACACGAGACGCUAGCCAAAACACACCCAGGGAGGAUGAAGAGCAGGACGUAUUCACCAAUCAAUAUGAGCUGAACCCAGGGCUCACUUGUCCGCCUGGUUACACAGUGAUGCGUUACAACAAGCAAUGGAUCGGAUAUCACCCACAGUGGCAGCGAGUCAACAUAACAUCUCUACUCGCAUUAGGCAAAGUCCUUCGAUGCCGGGGAUUCGACUGGAUUGCAAAGAAGCAUUGUGACGCAACCAUUCUCAAAGGAGCACACUACAUUCAAGGCAGCUAUAUUCUACUGGAUGAUGCAACAAUGUGUUGCGCUGAUCUCCGCGCAGGUACAGCAUCGACUAUUGCACUACGAGUUAUUAGAUCCGAUAUCACAAACAAUCAGGCUCAGAACAGCAUCGGCAUAAGUCCUUCUAAACCGUCACGACAUUUCCCACCUCUGCCAUGCGACCCCGCCCCGCGCUUCCGAAUACAUGUUGGUAGGAAAUCUGUCAGGUUUCAGCCAAAAAACCGCAUGGUGCAUGCCUUGGAUAUUUGUCGGGUUGGGGGCAAAGUAUCAUAUAUGGCCGUUUCCAAGUUCCUUCAGAAUGACCCCAGCAUACGGAAGGACUGGGUACCCAGCGGCCCUAACGGAGGAUAUUACACCGACGAAAAAGGUGCUAAUCAGCUGUUCAAGCACUUUCAAUUGUCAAGCGACGUGUAUCAGAAUCUGUUUCGGGAGAUUGACAAUCAUUACAGAUAG